AUGAAUUUUGCGCCUUAUCAAGAUGAAUCUCCGGAGUUAGAGCGUGCGCUUUCUCCGCCGCCUAACAACAGAAAGCGACCGUCCUUGGACACUUCACAAUCUCGAUCACCCGCUCCAGGGCACCACGCUUCCCAGACGACCCCACGCGCUAGUUCAGAUACUGGACGUCUCCCUCCCCCAAGCGGACUCGGCGGUGGACGCUUUGUAAAUAGGUUGACAAGUUCGCGAGAAGAGAGAGGACAAAGUCUCGAGGCAUUUGAAACUAGUCUUCCUUUGAGGUUGGACUAUGAAGCGAUGAUGGCCUAUAUAUUGCUUCCUCCCGCUGGGGGCGUGUUUCUCCUCAUUUUCGAACACAAGAGUGACUACGUGCGCUUCCACGCCUGGCAGUCCAGCAUGCUCUUUUCCGUCAUCUUCAUCCUCCAUCUGAUCGUAUCCUGGUCCCCUGUACUCUCCUGGACGCUGUUCGCCAUCGACCUGGUCUUGAUUGGCUUCCUAGCCUUGCAUGCCUACCAGGAUGUGGACAACCUCGACCACUUCGAACUGCCAUUCUUUGGCCCUUUAGCUAACUCUUUUGUCGACAAUGAAUAA